AUGAACUGGACGGGCGGCAGCCUCCAACGUCACUCGAAGAACGCUCAGCGAAGCGUCGUCAAACGACAGAAAGAGCAUUUUGCCAAGGCUCGAACCACGCUUCAGAAUGGCUCAAACGUGCCGGCAGUGCCAUUCUGUCCCAGCUAUCUUCGACCCGAGACCAUGAGCAUAGGAGGCCAACUUCCCCCCUUUGGAAUGGGCUCGGUUAGGCAUGUAGGUCACUCCAAAAGGCUUCGGACUGGUCAUUCCAACGACAGGUCACCGCGGGAGAAUACCGUGCAUCAAGCAGCACACAAAAGAACCUAUGACUGCAAAGGGAUUCUUUCGUCCGCAAAGAUUGCGAACACCAACCAAUUAGAACCAGGUAUCAACGGGGCUGGGCCAUCUCCACCAGCCAAAGACAUGCGUCCUAGCUCUCCCAACGGGACUCCAGUAGACGACCUCGAACAACGCCUGUUAGAGGCAAACAGGCGGAGACUACUACAACAACGAGACUGGGCAGGGCUAGGCCCCUCGCGUCCGGUGAAGAUGCAUUUUGCAUCAAUAAGAGAGAAGCAAAGAAUUGGCAAGCGAAGAAAGGUAUCGAGUCGCUCGGGGAUCCGCAUCGAUACCCACCAGCUUCCCCGCAGCAUGCCUCAUCAUGGUAGAGAUGCCUACAGGCUUAUUGAUAUGCAUCAUGGUCUGGAUGCCAUAAAAGUCAGGAUUGGCACAGAGGCGUUGGCUAGCCAGAGCUCAGCACAGCCGUCCGAGCACGCAAUGCCAUGUCGACCUGAGGACAAUCGAACAGAGCUAUCGGACCCCAUGCUCUUUGACCACGAGGACAUAUGUUCUUCGCAGGGGGAGGUGAAGGCCAUAACACGAUCGGUCAGUGAGACCCAGGCAAGCCCCGGACCAUUGAUGCACGACCGCAGAAACAGCCCCUCCGUCCUGAGUGACCUUCCUUAUGCUGGAUCUAGGUUGUCGCAGAGAAAGCUGGUGAGCUACCCAAGGGAGGGUAGUAGUUCAAACGACCUCAGGGAUGUGUUAACGGAAUCGCAACUUCGACAACAGUCCAUCUCCCCGAGUUUCAGGCUUCUCGCACAUGGAACUCACGAGCCAUUUCGCCUCACUUUUGAUUCAUCCGAAAGGACAACGGAAACGGGCAACCUCGACGAGAUGAACACCUUGCGGGAUAAGGCUACCAACGGGACGACUGCAUGCAGCCUCGCUAAUGCAAGGUCCUCUGGAUCGAGGCAUGUGGAGAGCAGGGAAGAUGACCAGGAGCAUUCAUCCGCAAACAUCGACGAUAGGGCCUGGACGGGUUUUGCCAGUAUUCCACAUACCAGCUCGAACGGUUUGGCCGACUCCUUAUCACAAGUCCCGGGUGGAUAUGCAGAACGCGGGUAUGCUGGGACGCAAUAUGCAACUGUCGGCGAUCGGACGUACGAGCCCACGUCUUCUCCAAUUUUCGCCUCUCUGCCUUCGGUCAGGAGUGCAAAUGAGCACCUUUCGUGGAAAGGCACGCCAUCCUUGGCCGAUAAGGGAGGGCACAGUGCCACUGGAUAUCAAUCGCACGGCAUGGAUGAGAGCGAGAGGCUCUGGAGGACGUUCGUGUUCGCGGAUAUUGACGAACUCGCAGCUGGGUCUAUGCAUGAUAGAGAUACGCAUUCACCGAAGCAGCGCAUGACCCUUGGAGACCGGUCAAGCAAGAAGACUUCAUGCGUGGCCGUUGCGUCCUCGGCGAGCUCCGUGCUGUACCCAAUCGAUCAGAAUCCACAAGAGCAUCGGCGCUCGAGCGACACGGUACAGAUUGCAGCAAAAGGCGCAUCUGCCCCUAACUCUUUCCUAGGAGCGAAGUCCAGGCCCGACGUCUGCACCAGACUGGCAUCGUCCGAGGGCAGUGGUCCCGAUGGGCCGCGACUCCAGGACCUAGAAAACGGAAGCCUUCCACAGAGGGAGGACAGCGAUUUCGGACAUGAUGAAGGACGUUCUGUGCCACCUGGCUCCUUGUUCAACAAUGCGUCUCACGAUACAUUCUCUUCAGGGACCAUUGAGCACGACAGCAGUCGAGAUUAUGCGUAUCUCCUGAGGUGCGGGACACGUAGUACAAGUUCCUAG